AUGGAGUACCAGUUUUCGACUAGGCAGGGGAAGGAUCAGGGGUGUUCGUCUUCUGGAGGUGCUGCGGUGGAGGGUCUGGUGGGGCUGGAUGGUGAAGCGAGGAACGUGAUUUCAGAGGAUAUAUUUAACAACAUUGCUGAGCUUAUGAAUUUUGAUACUUAUGCUGGGUGGUGCAGCAGCCCGGGGACAAUGGAGCAGAUUGGAGUGUCGUAUCCGUCCGUGAGUUAUGCGCCUUUGGAUGCAUUGAGUUUUGCGCAACAGAACGGUGGAGCAUUGGCUGUGGCUGAAGAUGGUGGGUCUUCUUUUGAUUGUUGUGAUAAGAUUGGGUUUCAGCAAAUGGACACCACCCAGUUCGGGGCGUCAACUGAUUUCAACCACGCUCAUGAUGCAGCUGCUAAACUGAAGAAUGGUUUUGUUCAACAGAAUAAUAUCAUGGAUACGGCAGACUAUGUGAUCUCCAGACCACAUGGAUGGUCACUUAAUGAGAAGAUGCUAAAGGCGCUGUCCUUGUUUAAGGAGUCUUCUGGUGGGGGAAUUUUGGCGCAAGUAUGGGUUCCAAUGAAGCAUGGUGAUCACUCCUUCUUAAGCACUUGCGAACAGCCCUAUUUGCUUGACCAUGUUCUUGCUGGGUAUCGGGAAGUGUCAAGGAUGUUUACAUUCUCUGCAGAGGAAAAGCAGGGUUCUGUCCUGGGGCUUCCCGGCCGUGUAUUUGUCUCCAAAGUUCCAGAGUGGACAUCAAAUGUUAGCUAUUACAACAAGGCCGAGUACCUGAGGGUGGAACAUGCUGCUGAUCAUCAGGUCCGUGGAUCAAUUGCCCUGCCAGUUUUUGAUAUGAACUCUGAAAUGUCAUGCUGUGCUGUGCUGGAACUUGUCAGUACAAAAGAUAAACUCAACUUUGAUGCAGAGAUGGAGAUAGUUUGUAAUGCCCUCCAGGCUGUGAAGUUGAGGACCACUACGCCUCCACGAAUUCUUCCCCAUUGCCUCUCAAGGAACCAAAGAGCUGCUUUAACUGAAAUUACUGAUGUCUUACGAGCUGUGUGUCAUGCGCAUACAUUGCCCUUGGCUCUCACCUGGAUUCCUUGUUGCUACUCUGAUGGUGAUGGAGAGGGAAUUAGAAGAGUACGUGUUCGAGAGGGUAUUACAAAUUCAAAUGAAAAAUGCAUACUAUGCGUUGAAGAAACAGCUUGUUAUGUAAAUGAUAGAACAAUGCAAGGCUUUGUGCAUGCAUGUGCAGAACAUCAUCUGGAGGAAGGAAAUGGUAUUGCUGGGAAAGCACUUCAAUCAAAUCACCCCUUCUUCAUUCAUGAUGUUAAGGUGUAUGACAUAUAUGACUAUCCACUAGUUCAUCAUGCACGCCGGUAUGGUUUGAACGCUGCUGUUGCAAUCAGAUUGAGGAGCACCUACACCGGUGACGAUGACUAUAUUUUAGAGUUUUUUCUGCCUGUCAAUAUGAAGGGCAGUUCAGAACAGCAACUUUUGUUAAACAACCUCUCGGGCACCAUGCAGAGAAUUUGUAAGAGUUUGAGGACUGUAUCAGAUGCAGAAUUGACUGGGGUAGAAGGCUCCGACAAUGGGUUUCAAAGGGAGGCAAUCCCAAAUACCCCAUCAAUCCCCAGGAGAAAUUCUCAGUCACCGUCAUCAGAUAGUGAAAUGAAGUCAGCUGAGAAUAUACCCUCUAAUGUAUUCAAUAGAAAAGAUGGUGGAGUUGAAGUAGAUUUUCCUCCUGAACAUGCACCAAAUGGAUCAAGAAGGCAGGCGGAAAAAAAGCGUAGUACAGCAGAGAAAAAUGUGAGCUUGAGUGUUCUACAGCAAUACUUCUCUGGGAGUCUCAAGGAUGCUGCAAAAAGCAUCGGAGUCUGCCCCACUACGUUAAAAAGGAUCUGCAGACAACACGGGAUUUCUAGAUGGCCAUCUCGUAAGAUAAAUAAGGUGAACCGUUCCCUGAAGAAAAUACAAACUGUACUUGAUUCUGUUCAAGGGGUGGAAGGAGGAUUGAAGUAUGACCCAACCACUGGGGGGUUUGUGGCUACUGGGUCCAUCAUCCAAGAAUUUGAUGCUCAACAAAAUCUAUUCUUUCCCGAGAAGAAUUUGCCUGCUCAGAAUAUUGUUCCUGUUCCCCAAUAUCCAGUUUCAGUACCUUCAAUGUCUUGUAAAGAUGGUGAGCGUUUUGAAAUUAAGUUAGAAGAAGAUGGCUGUUGCAUGAAUGGAGGUACGCCGAUUCCAACUGCUCAUCAGGAAAAGGAAGAGGUAAAAAAACAGAAUAUCUCUGUGGUUGAUUGUAGUAUGAAUUCCAAGCCGAUUGCAAUUGAUUUUGGGUCAUGCCAGCCGACUGACCAUGACACCAUGCCUCACAAUUGUCCUGAAACUGAUUUUGGGGUCUCUUAUCUGGUAAAAGAAGUCAAUCGAUGGGGUCAGAGCAACGACAGUCUAACAUUAGAGAGUUCUGGCUGCCAUUUUGUGCCUCAGAGCUCAAGCUCCUUUGUUGUUGCUGAUGAGAUGGACAUAGGGGUAGACAGAGAUGGGGGGAAUGUUAAUUAUAACCAGCCUACUUCUUCAAGCAUGACAGACUCGUCGAAUAGUUCUGGUUCAAUGAUGCAUGGCUGUUCCUCAAGUUCUCAGAGCUUUGAGGAGCGAAAGUACCAAGUCAAAGAAACAAAUGUUGAGAUUGGAUCAAAAAUCAUUGUGAAAGCUACAUAUAAAGAAGAUACGAUCAGGUUCAAGUUUGAGCCUUCUGGUGGGUGCCUUAAACUGUAUGAAGAAGUUGCAAAGAGGUUGAAGUUGCAAGAUGGAACUUUCCAGCUCAAGUACUUGGAUGAUGAACAGGAAUGGGUGAUGUUAGUAAGUGAUGCAGAUUUGCGGGAGUGUCUUGAGAUAUUGGAUGACAUUGGGACACAUAGUGUUAAGUUUAUGGUUCGUGAUAUACCUUUCGGUGUAAGCAGUUCCGGCAGUAGCAAUUGUUUUCUGGCCGGGGGAUCAUAGCAGGUUUGCCUUCAGCAUUUUUAGAGAUCUCGGAUACUGGAAAUCGACUCACCGUUAAUGGCCUCAUGUUCUGGAUGCAUAUGAUAGUACCAUAGCAUUA